UCUCUCUCUCUCUCCUCUCUCCCCGGUAAAGUCUCGCGGUGCUGCCGGGCUCAGCCCCGUCUCCUCCUCUUGCUCCCUCGGCCGGGCGGCGGUGACUGUGCACCGACGUCGGCGCGGGCUGCACCGCCGCGUCCGCCCGCCCGCCAGCAUGGCCACCACCGCCACCUGCACCCGCUUCACCGACGACUACCAGCUCUUCGAGGAGCUCGGCAAGGGUGCUUUCUCUGUGGUCCGCAGGUGUGUGAAGAAAACCUCCACGCAAGAGUAUGCAGCCAAAAUCAUCAACACCAAGAAGCUGUCUGCCCGAGAUCACCAGAAGCUAGAACGUGAGGCCCGGAUAUGCCGACUUCUGAAACAUCCCAACAUCGUGCGCCUCCAUGACAGUAUUUCUGAAGAAGGGUUUCACUACCUCGUGUUCGACCUCGUCACUGGCGGGGAGCUAUUUGAAGACAUCGUGGCGAGAGAGUACUACAGCGAGGCCGAUGCCAGCCACUGUAUUCACCAGAUUCUGGAGAGUGUUAACCACAUUCACCAGCAUGACAUUGUACACAGGGACCUGAAGCCUGAAAACUUGCUGCUGGCGAGCAAAUGCAAGGGUGCCGCCGUCAAGCUGGCCGACUUUGGCCUCGCCAUCGAAGUGCAGGGAGAACAGCAGGCUUGGUUUGGUUUUGCUGGCACGCCAGGUUAUUUGUCUCCUGAGGUCUUGAGGAAAGAUCCUUAUGGAAAACCUGUGGACAUCUGGGCCUGUGGGGUCAUCCUGUAUAUCCUCCUGGUGGGAUACCCUCCCUUCUGGGAUGAGGAUCAGCACAAGUUGUAUCAGCAGAUCAAGGCUGGAGCCUAUGAUUUCCCAUCGCCAGAAUGGGACACGGUGACUCCGGAAGCCAAGAACUUGAUCAACCAGAUGCUGACCAUAAACCCGGCGAAGCGUAUCACGGCCGACCAGGCUCUCAAGCACCCAUGGGUCUGUCAACGAUCCACGGUGGCUUCCAUGAUGCACCGUCAGGAGACUGUGGAGUGCUUGCGCAAAUUCAAUGCCCGGAGGAAACUGAAGGGUGCCAUCCUCACAACUAUGCUUGUCUCCAGGAACUUCUCAGUUGGCAGGCAGAGCUCCGCCCCCGCCUCGCCUGCCGCGAGCGCCGCCGGCCUGGCCGGGCAAGCUGCCAAAAGUCUGUUAAACAAGAAGUCGGAUGGCGGUGUCAAGAAAAGGAAGUCGAGUUCCAGCGUGCACCUAAUGCCACAGAGCAACAACAAAAACAGUCUCGUAAGCCCAGCCCAAGAGCCCGCGCCCUUGCAGACGGCCAUGGAGCCACAAACCACCGUAGUGCAUAAUGCUACAGAUGGGAUCAAGGGCUCCACAGAGAGCUGCAAUACCACUACAGAAGAUGAGGACCUCAAAGCUGCCCCGCUCCGCACUGGGAAUGGCAGCUCGGGGCCUGAAGGAAGGAGCUCCCGGGACAGACCAGCCCCUUCUGCAGGCAUGCAGCCCCAGCCUUCUCUCUGCUCCUCAGCCAUGAGAAAACAGGAGAUCAUAAAGAUCACAGAGCAGCUGAUUGAAGCCAUCAACAAUGGGGACUUUGAGGCCUACACGAAGAUUUGUGAUCCAGGCCUCACUUCUUUUGAGCCAGAGGCCCUUGGUAACCUCGUGGAGGGGAUGGAUUUCCAUAAGUUUUACUUUGAGAAUCUCCUGUCCAAAAAUAGCAAGCCCAUCCAUACCACCAUCCUAAACCCACACGUCCAUGUGAUUGGAGAGGACGCAGCUUGCAUCGCCUACAUCCGGCUCACCCAGUACAUCGACGGGCAGGGUCGGCCUCGCACCAGCCAGUCGGAGGAGACCCGGGUCUGGCACCGCCGGGAUGGCAAGUGGCUCAAUGUCCACUACCACUGCUCAGGGGCCCCUGCCGCACCACUGCAGUGAGCUCAGCAACAGGGGUAUUAGGAGAUUUCCAGCCGGAGGUCGAACCUUCGCAGCCAGUGGCUCUGGAGGGCCGGAGUGACAGCGGCAGUCCUGUUCGUUUGAGGUUUAAAACAAUUAAAUUACAAAGCGGCAGCAGCCAAUGCACGCCCCUGCAUGCAGCCCUCCCGCCCGCCCUUCGUGUCUGUCUCUGCUGUACCGAGGUGUUUUUUUACAUUUAAGGAAAAAAAAAAAAAGGAAAAAAAAAAAGAUUGUUUAAAAAAAAAAAAAAAGAAGCAGCAGCGGAAAACUUACCAUGAUGCGUUUUAAAACCACCAAUAGCCCUUGGGCCGGCAAGAAGGCAGAAGUCUGUGUGACACCCAUUUUGGCAUGAACAGCGGGCUCACCCACCAGUGCUGCAGAGGUGUGCUUGGCCUCUGGCCCCACAGACUUGGCGGGGGGACCAGGCAAGAACACUGACAGAGUUUUGGGGACUGUGAUAUGAGUGUAGCCCCCAAGGUGGCCUGCUUACCCCAGGUCUUGGAGUGGACAUCUUCAGACCUCGCAUAGGUGCCUGGAAUGCGGCUGGGGACAACAUGGUGGACAUGAGGCCUACCUGGGAGAGGAGGCAGAGCUCCCAGCCUGUUGUGGAGGCAGCUGAGAUGCAGAGACCUCAGGACGGAGGGCCCCAACGUUGCUGUACUGUUCCACGUAGCAUAGAAGGGAAGAGAAUUGGUGCUGUGGAAGUGUGUUCGUGACGGAGCCGGAGAGGAAUCUCGUGCUAGUCUGACUGUCCUCACUCACUCAUCCGUUACUCGGAGGCACAGUGCCCUUGGCCCUGAUGUUUGCCUGAUCCUGUGGCCGGGAAAGGGCGGGGGUGGGUGCUUCUGCUUUGUGGUUUCUUUUACAAUUUUGGCAAAGGAGAGCCGGCCUGACCAGGCUGCCCACACCACCUUGAGCAGUGCUGGUUUUCUGUCUGGGCCUGGGCCCUCUGCCGAGAGCCCCUGUGGGAUGGGCAGAGCGAGACAGCGGGAGAAGGGGCGGUUGUUUCUAUGCAUUCAGGUUGCCCUCCGGCCGCCUCUCUCCUACUUCCCUUGCAGCUCAUCCUUGUCUGUUUUUUUCCUGUCUUUGAGAUUGACCCAACUGCUCUGACAAGAGGAGGGGCUGUCCUCUCAGAGAGGCCUCUUCUAUUGACCAACUGAAGUAUAGACUUACUGCUGGACAAUCUGCAUGGGCCUCACCCCCUGCACCUGCAUGUACCCAAAAGAGAAGUCCAGAGCCAAGGUUCCUGCAUCCAUUGGCCUGCCCUGUGCUCAAAGAGCCUCGCUUCGGGAGACCAAGAUAUGCAGUCCAGGGUCAGAUAAUGGAGGAGCAGUUGGUCACAGCCUUGGUCCCCUAUCUCCCUCCCCCCCAAAAAUAGCUGUGCAGGAGUAUCUGCACUUUGUCGGGGGUGGGGGCGGGAGGUGGGUCGACAAACCCCAGCUUCCUGGGCUAUCUUCUGGAGGCACAGGAGCUGGGGAGAGAGAGGUUUUGCUUUGGAGCCAACUGAGAAGAGUGCGAAUUCACAGGUGCUGGUGCUUGGGUUUAGCCGGGCUCCUCGAAGCACCUCCUGCAUGCCCCGGCCCCAUCCCGCCCUGCAGCCUGCAGGGCCAGCACGCAGAUCCCUUUCACCAACAGGGUUGGGUUUUGCUGGCUUGAAGACACACGGUCUUAGAAUUCUUUGAGACCCAUAGCUUCAUAUGGCUGCUCCAGCCCCACUUCCUAGCAUCCAUAACUCUUCUGGGGCUAAUGUCAGCAUCUAUAGACAAUAGACAAAACUAAAUCACCUUUUAAAAACAGGAAAAGGAAGGCAUUUGAUGCAGAAUUUUUGCAUGAUGACAUAGAAAUAAUUUAAAAUUAGUUAGUGUUUGUUCUGAAUGUUGGUAGACCCUUCAUAGCUUUGUUACAAUGAAACCUUGAACUGAAGAUAUUUAAUAAAAUAACCUUUAAACAG